GUCUCGCUUGAAACACGUUACGCCCAAAAAAAAUAUUUGUUUGAAAGUGUUUAAUUAUUGACUUGAAUAUGGCAGACAAAGUUGAUAGUUUUAAUGAAGAUGAAUUAGAAGCGCCUGAGUGGAUAAAUGCUGACUUUCUAACAAAAGUGCUGAAUAGCUGUGAAACAGAUACAGAUAUUACAGUGAAUAACUUUAAAAUAACACCCGCUUCAGCUAAAGGAGAUCAUUAUGCUAGCAUUAUGUUCAGAAUCUAUGUUGAAUUUAAACAGAAGGGCGAACUGAGGAAGAAAACAUUGAUUAUUAAAACAAUGCCUGAAGCUGAAGGUCUAAAGAAAGCAAUAUUAGAGAAAUCUAGUAUAUUUGAAAUUGAAAUCGGAAUGUAUACGCAAAUUUUACCCAAAUUUGAAGAACUUUUACGCAGUGUUGGUGAUAAAACUGUAUUAAGUCCAAAAUGUUUGUACCAAAGUUUGAGUCCAAAGAAAUUAAUAAUAUUGGAAGAUUUGGUACCUUUAGGGUACGCAACGUUACACGAACGUCACAUUAACUUAGAUGAAGUUAAAAUGGUUUAUUCGAAAUUAGCAAAGUGGCAUGCAAUGAGUUACAAGAUUGGGCUUGAGAACCCAUCUAUCUUCGAUGAUUAUCGUUAUGGUGUUAUGUCUGGUACGGCAAUGAUCAAUAACAUAAUGUAUAAAGAUGGUGUGAAAAACUUCGUAGAACUACUAAGCUGUACGCCUAGUUUGGUGCCUUAUGUGUCAUAUUUUCAAAACUUUUGUGAAAAUAUUCUGCUUAAAUGCAAGGAUAGUUUCAACGAAUACCGCGUAAAUCCUCAAGAAACGGCAUUUUAUGUCUUGAGCCAUGGUGAUUUUCAUAAUAAAAACUUAAUGUUUAAGAAUAAUAAGAGCACUGGUAGUCUGGAGGAUGUGAUGCUGUUAGACUUUCAGUUCUGUUACUUUGGACCACUCGUUAACGAUUUGAUAUAUUCAUUCUUUUUAAUAUUAAGUCCUGAGCAACGUCAAAAUAACGUUGAUGAACUGCUUUAUGUCUAUUACAAAGAGUUCAAACAAAUACUAGAGAAAGUUGACUUUAAAGGUCCAAAGCUCACACUGGCUGCUCUGAAGGAACAAAUAAUGAAGUAUAAGCAUUAUGAACUUUUUCUGUUGACUACUCUUCUGCCGAUGUUCUAUGGGUUCAAAGAUGGUAGUGUCGAUGUUGGAAGUUUGAUGUCUUCGUCAGAAGCACGUGCACAAAUUUAUAAAAAUAAGGACUAUAUUAAAGAAAUUGAAGAACUUUUGCCUCGAUAUUUGCAUAAAGGUUACUUCGAAUACUGAUCAAAGUAUGCAUAUAUUGAAAUUUUAUUAAAUAGAAUUUCAUAAGCAGAUCUUUCAAAGGAAUAUGUUAUAACUUACAGCAUCACCUGGAUAUUAUAUUUAUUAUAUUGCAAUAUAUUUGU